AUGGCAAUCCUACACCCCACGGCAAAUACCACCGACAGGACAGAGCUUGUACCCUCCCAUGAAGGUCCUAAUGUCUUCCCCAACUGCUCAUUGUUUAGUAAGUUGCUUAGACACGCACGGAGGAAUCGACUUGCGAUCCGAGAUGUCAAUCUCAGCCUGGAGAAGACUUAUGGAGAUAUCUUAUCUGAUGCACUCACGCUACGAUCAUUCAUCGCGACCGCCCUAGGAAGUGAGAUCAUAUUGAAGAUUGAGCAAGGCGAAGAGGUCUUCAUUGGAAUCCUCGCCGCAGGAGGUUACGAAUUUUCCGUCGCAGUAUUAGCAGUGUUAGCACUAGGGGCCGCAUUCGUUCCCAUGACAGUGUCAGUGCCCGUGAAGGAGGCAUCAUACUUCGUCACCAAGUCACGACAGCCACUGAUUCUAGUUUCGUCCGAGGUGGUCGAGUUGGGCAAGUCAAUCACUAGCUUUGUCUCGCAACGGGGACAUCCAGUUUCGACAUUGGAAAUACUACCACAUCUACCUCCCACACCUACCUAUGAACCUCUACAAAUAGUCCUAUCGGCAAAUCGUCGGCUUGAUGAUAAUCGAGCGGGACUCGUGAUCUUCACAUCUGGAACGACCGGUCGCCCAAAGGGGGCUGUAAUGCGACGGGCAUACUGCCACGAAGCCGCCUUAGCUAUUGGUGAAGGUUACGAUUUAGACCACCACGAUGUUCUCCUCCAUAUCGUUCCCGUCCACCACACCACUGGCCUUGGGACUUCAUUUUUUCCGUUCUUGGUCGCAGGUGCAUGCAUUGAAUUUAAGAGGGGGAGCUUCGAUCCGGCAUGGAUAUGGAAUCGAUGGCUAACAGGCGGCUUCACCACCUUUUCAGCUGUACCGACCAUAUUCCUUCGACUCAAGUGGUAUUUUGAACGAGAGCUUGCCCCAAAGCUCUCGGCGGACGAUCUGAAUCGUUUCGUUCAGGCUGCCAAUCAGUUUCGCGCAUUCAUGUGUGGUUCCAGCGCCUUACCACAGCCUGUACAAGAUUUCUGGACGGAUAUCCGCGGAGGACGACCGAUCUUAACAAGAUAUGGCGCUACAGAAUUUCCAGGUUGCCUUAAAGUCCCUGCUGAGUGCGGACCAGUGCCCGAGGGUUGCGUCGGCCUCCCAGUACCGGGCGUCGAGCUGAAAUUGUCGGACGGAGACCACGGUGAGCUCCUUGUGCGCUCACCAUAUAUGUUUGCAAAAUACCUUUAUGACGAUGCCGCAACGCUGGCCGCGCACGACGAAGAAGGAUACUUUAAGACCGGCGAUAUCGUGCGCCGCAAUGGCCCAUUCUAUUUCAUUGAAGGACGCGCUAGCGUCGACAUUCUCAAGUCUGGCGGCUACAAGAUCUCCGCGCUGGAUCUCGAGCGCGUUGCCUUGGGACUUCCCUAUGUAAACGAAGUGGCUAUCGUUGGGGUCGAAGACGAGGAAUUCGGACAACGUGUCGGCGCCAUCCUCACAUUAAAACCGAAUUCUCUUCCUGGUAACGAUUUAAAGUUGGAGAAGUUGAGGCAGGAUAUGCGUAAGGAGCUUGCGAGCUAUAAAUUACCGACACUACUAAGAGUGUUCGGCACUGGAGAACUGCCGAAAGGAGGAACGGGGAAGGUGCAGAAGAAAAUCCUCGGUCCGGAGCUGUUCCCAAGUAACUGGCGUGAAAUCAGAGAGGUGCAGAGGUGGGAGCGAGCAAAGGAUAAAGGACCGGUGGAACAGGGUGGGCAUCUGAUCGCGAGGCUAUGA